AAGACAUCUUCAAAAAUAAUGCAAAGAUAAUUUAAUUUGUCUGAGAAGAUUCGGAGCACACAGACUAUACAUUGUUGUUACGGUACCGCGUACGUGACGUUAGCAGCAUUGAAUUGAAAGGAUAUACUAGGGACCCAACUGGUUUUCACUCCAAACAUUCACCGAUGCACAGCAGUCUGGUUCUUACCGGCGCUUGUCUCAUUCCGCUGCCAUCUUGUCGGUUUAACGUUCAAUACAUUUUUGAAGUUUAUUAAGCAAAUUAAUGCAAUAGCAGCCUGCACGUUGCAACGUAAAAUAAGAUGUGAUUUGACUCGAGUACGAGAUUGCAAAUAUCGGGAGACUACUGUUACAAUCGAUGUCAUGAAAGUAUAAGAGAACUCACAUUCUCCAUUGAUGCUCAAAAAAAUAAUUUCUCAGAUGACAUGCAUUUGGAUAUUAAUAUUUGGCGGUGAAUAUAAAAGGAAAUGGCAGCAAUAUUAACAAGCUUGAUCGGGACGACUUCUGUUCUUGGACUUGGUUUAAUUCCACUUUUGGCGAUCGGUUUCACCAUGUAUAGGUACAAUAGCCUUGAUCCAGAAUCGCAUCCGCAAAAUGCGCAAGAGCUUCUACGAAUGUACGACUUUAUAGUAGUUGGAGGUGGUAGCGCGGGUGCUGUGGUGGCCUCGAGAUUGUCAGAAAUACCUAAUUGGACGGUACUACUCUUAGAAGCUGGCGAUGAUGAAAACGAAAUUUCCGACAUCCCCCUGCUUGCCGGAUAUACUCAGCUCACAGAAUUCGAUUGGAAGUAUCAGACUUCACCACCCGGUGGGUCUGCCUAUUGUCUCGCCAUGAUAGGCGACAGGUGUAAUUGGCCACGCGGCAAAGUUCUUGGGGGAAGCAGUGUUCUCAACGCCAUGAUUUACGUUCGUGGUAAUCGGCACGACUACGAUAAUUGGGCUCGAUUGGGUAACACAGGAUGGAGUUACGAGGAAGUGCUUCCUUAUUUUCUCAAGUCCGAAGACAAUCGCAAUCCAUAUUUAGCGAGAACGCCUUAUCACAAAAUAGGAGGUUACCUGACAGUGCAGGAGCCAUCCUGGAAAACUCCUCUGGCGAUUGCUUUUUUACAGGCUGGUCAAGAGAUGGGCUAUGAAAAUCGAGACAUAAAUGGAUUCAAUCAAACUGGCUUCAUGUUGACGCAAGCGACAAUCCGACGUGGCAGUCGAUGCUCGACGGCGAAGGCCUUUCUACGACCGGUGAAGAACAGACCAAAUCUGCACAUUGCGAUGCACGCUCAAGGUCUAAGAGUGCUCUUCAACGACGAGAAAAGAGCAACAGGUGUAGAGUUCCUUCGCGAUGGCAGACAACAGAUCGUGAGAUGUAGAAGGGAAGUUAUUCUAUCCGCUGGCGCGAUUAAUUCGCCUCAGUUGCUCAUGCUUUCCGGAAUCGGUCCGAGCGAGCACUUGACCGAAUUCGGUAUACCAAUAAUAUCCAAUCUACGAGUCGGGGAUAAUCUUCAAGAUCACGUGGGUCUUGGCGGACUGACUUUUCUAGUAAACGAGCCAAUUACCCUGAUGAAGGAACGAUUUCAAACGUUCUCGGUGAUGUUUGAAUAUAUUGUGAAGGAACAAGGACCUAUGACUACACCGGGGGUCGAGGCGUUGGCCUUCCUUAAUACCAAAUAUGCCGACAAGUCUGGCGAUUAUCCAGAUGUGCAGUUUCACUUUGCGCCAAGCUCUAUCAAUUCCGACGGCGAACAAAUAAGAAAAAUUCUCGGUCUGAGAGAUCGUGUAUAUAACAUUAUGUACAAGCCUUUGCACGGUGUCGAAACUUGGUCGAUCUUACCGCUUCUGUUGCGACCUAAAAGUACAGGAUGGAUCAGGUUGAAGAGCAAAAAUCCUUUAGUUAAACCGGAUAUCAAUCCCAAUUAUUUCACGCAUAAGGAGGACAUGGACGUCCUCAUAGAGGGAAUUAAACUGGCGAUGCAAGUAUCAAAUACUAGCGCGUUUCAACGAUUCGGCUCGAGACCUCACACAAUUCGUAUGCCGGGUUGUCAUAAACAUCCAUUUGAUACAUACGAAUAUUGGGAGUGUGCCGUGCGACACUUUACCUUCACGAUUUAUCAUCCGACGAGUACUUGCAAAAUGGGACCACGAAGCGAUACCACAGCUGUUGUGGAUCCACGAUUAAGAGUAUACGGCGUAAAAGGACUCAGGGUCGCCGAUGCGUCUAUAAUGCCAACUAUUGUCAGUGGUAAUCCAAACGCGCCGACUAUCAUGAUCGGCGAGAAAGCCAGUGAUAUUAUCAAGGAGGAUUGGCGAGUAAAGAAAAACGAAAUACUGGAUACAGGUGACGAAAUCAUUAUUUUCAUAUUUUACAUACAUCUCGUCUAGUUAAAUAAUUUUUUUA